GAUGGCGCCCCAGAAAUGGAUAUCCCGCAAUCGGACGGACACCGUUCGGUACGGAACGAGAAACUAUCGUGCGCCGACUUCGGUACGAGAGAAGGAAACAACGAGUGCCCCUUGGAAAGAUCACGCAAACCCGUGGGUGGUGGCGGCCUCUGCAAAAGGAAAAAGCUCCAGAAUUUCGCUUCUCUGUUCUCUCUUUCUGGCUCUCUCUCUCUCUCUCUCCCCUUCAUCAAUCCCGACCUCCGCCGCUCCUUUCGUUCCUUCUUUGUCAGCCGCCGCCGCCGCCGCCGCCCCGCAGCAGCAGCAGCACAUGCUCCGAGCCGAUCAAUCGACGACGGGGAUUCGGAGCUCCACGUUUUCCGCCGCCGGGGACACACAGCUACACUAGUCCGCGAGCGUUUACUAGGCGGAAGUAGAAGCGGGAGGAGGAGUAGGAAGAGGAAGAUGGGUUCGGAGCGCAACGAGAGCGUCCCCGUCGCCGAGGCGCGGCUCUGCGCCAACAACUGCGGCUUCUGGGGCAACGCGGCCACCAUGGGCCUCUGCUCCAAGUGCUACCAGGACCUCUGCCUCCGGGAGCAGCGGGCCGCCGCCGCCGCCAAGGCCGCCGUGGGGAAGUCCCUCGGCCUAGAGACCGCCCCGGCCCCGCAGGAUGGCAGGGGCAAGGAGGAAGGUGACCCUUUCGCGAGGGCGGUGGCCGGUCCGGUGCAGGCCGCGCUCGGCGUCGGGGCAUCGAGCUUGGAGUCGGCGUCCGCGGGCGGCGAACGGAAGCCGAAGGCCGCGAACAGGUGCGGGACGUGCAACAGGAAGGUUGGCCUCACGGGCUUCCAGUGCAAGUGCGGGUUCACGUUCUGCGGGGCGCACCGGUACCCGGAGAGCCACGAAUGCGAGUUCGACUACAAGAGGUCGGGCCGGGACGCGAUCGCCAAGGCCAAUCCGUUGAUCAAGGCGGACAAGGUGGACAGGAUCUGAAUGGAGAUGGAUGGUCAGCUAAUUCGUGGAGAUUAAGGGGGCAAGUAAUAGUUCUGGGUUUAGAAGAGUAGUGGAUUUGAAUUUUUAUCUUUUGGUUCUCGUCUUUGUCCCGAUUGGAGCAAUUGCUCCUGGAAUGUCUCUGCCUUCAUUUUCAUGCUCUGGAACGAUGUUCCCUUGUUUC